CACCAUGGAGCUCCUGCUGCUGCUGCUGCUGGCCGUGACCUGGGCCACCGGCAUCGAGGAGAAGGCACUGGACAUGGCCCCCAACGCCUUCGAUGACCAGUACUGGGGCUGCCGGGACAGAAUGUUUAAGAAGCUGCCGGAGCUCAACCGCUCCGAGUUUGUCCCCAACAGCAAGUUGGCUGAGAUCUGGGCCAAGGCCACUGCUGAGUGGCAGGAAAAGAAGUACUGGGGGUCUCUGAGUUGGAAGGAACAGGCCAUUGCCCUCCGGGCGUACACGGCUCACACCAGGCUGUACCGUCAGUUCAACGAGGCCGUGCGCACCCACGGGAGCUCCCACCAGAUGUAUCAGGACAAAUUUGACUUCAAGAUGAUGCAUUUCCUGCUGACCACGGCCCUGGAUGACCUGUGGGCUACCCAGACCCGCCCCCGCUGCCUCCACGUGUACCGGGGUGUCCGAGGGAUCCGCUUCACUGCCCGGCCUGGCCGGACCAUCCACUUUGGCCAGUUCACCUCCUCCUCCCUGAACAGACAGGAGGCCGAGGGGUUCGGCACCGACACCUUCUUCGAGGUGCUCACCUGCCACGGCGCCAACAUCUCGCCAUUCUCCGUCAUGCCCUGGGAGGAGGAAGUCCUCAUCCCACCCUUCGAGUCGUUUAAUGUCACCAGUGUCACCCGCCAAGGGGCCAAAACCAACAUCAAGCUCCGCUCCCUCGGCGUGAACAGCAAAUACAACUGUGCCUUGUUCUCAGGUGACAUCCCUGGGGUGGGGACACCCAUGGUCGGGUGUGGGGACAGGGCCAGGGUGGCACCAGGGCACCGACUCUGCUGGGACAGGGGUGAUGGUGGUGGGGCAGGGGAUGGGGGUGCCAUGGCUUGGCAUCACACAGCUCCAGCUGCUCUCCUGGGAUGGGAUGGGAUGGGAUGGGAUGGG